CGGAUUUUACAGUGGACAAAUCCCCCAACCUGUAGAGCACCCGCCCACGCAGCUAUCCUCACUCGCUCAUGCCAAAAUGAAUUUCGAGAGACCCCUUGAACCCCCUUGUCACUUCCUGCACCCGUAAGGAACCCCCGGGCACAAUGGCGCAUUCCCCCAGGUUCCACCUUUCCCCACUUGAACUCCAACUACUUAACCGACUCGGUCUCCCCCUUUUCCGAAUGUUAGCUCCAUCCCCGGUUGGGUCGCUAUUUUCCUAAAACUUUCCCAUUAUGCCCAAGACUACCGAAACCCUUCGGGGAAUUCGCAAUGGAACGGAUGAGCCGAUGGUGGAUCUCAAACAUAACGGUGCGCAAGAUGACGAUGACAGGGAGCUACAGUUACCCGCUGCCAAACGCCGCAAGUCGACGGAUGAGAGGACGCGGGUGAGCCGAGCUUGCGAUCGAUGCAAAUCGUAGGUCCUUUUUAUUCAUACCAAGAGAGUAAGAGUGCAUGAACAUUGUGUAUAUUCUCCUGUUUGAAAAGUCUAUGG